AUGGGGAAGCUUCGCAAGAUUUUUGCUCCCGAGGUACAUUUGCCUUCGGUGGAGCCUUCUCAGUACUAUUCAGAGACUGAGUCGUCUCAAUUUGACGACACAGCUUCAAUUCCGUCUCAGCGCGGUGGUCGGGACUCCCGUGAGCGUACCCCACAACGGACCAGCUCUUUAGUGGGCCGCCAUCCACGCUUCGAACUAAUAGACCUACAGGUUGGCGAAAAAGUGGUUCACUCGCAUCGCCACCACCUGAAAACAACUCGAAGACAAGAAAAACUGGGGCGAAUGCUCAAGGAUCUUAUCUCUAGGCAUAAGGAAGCCUCGGACUCUGACGACGAGGGCACGGAAAUGGACGCCCAAGCUGCUGCUGGUGUACAGAUGGUGGCCUCUUCUACAGACUCGCCAACGCUUCUGUCGACUCUACUGCAAGAGCUUCACCAAGACAAAGACCACCGCGACCCCGGCGUUGUGCUGGAAAGUCUACUUAACGCCCGUGAGCAAGCUCGAUCAGCCGACCGCUAUGGGCGGGUAUCGAACGUCGUUGGUAAGGGCUCGUUUGGGGUUGUGAGAGUUGCCCAUCGAGCCAGUCCGGUCGACCGCAACAAGCGCUUACUCUUUGCUGUCAAGGAGUAUCGUCGUAACGCAAAUGAAAGUGACAAUGCUUUUCACAAACGCCUGGCCGCUGAGUUCUGUCUCUCUUCAUCGUUACAUCAUCUUAAUAUUAUCGAAACUCUGGAUCUCAUUCGCGAUGGUAAGAAUGGAUCCUGUGGUGUCAUGGAAUACUGUGCCGGCGGAGAUCUUUACUCUCUGGUCGUAGUAGCCGGCCAACUCGAACGAAAAGAAGCUGACUGCUUCUUCAAACAAAUGGUGAGAGGUAUUACUUUCAUGCAUGAAAUGGGCGUCGCCCAUCGUGAUCUCAAACCUGAAAAUAUUCUAUUAACCUCGUGUGGUUGUGUUAAAAUAACCGACUUUGGCAACGCCGAAUGCUUCCGCAUGGCCUGGGAGUCUGAGGUGCACUUGUCCUCGAACAUUGCUGGAUCAGGGCCGUAUAUCGCGCCUGAAGAGUAUCAAGAUGACGAGUUCGAUCCUCGGGCUGUCGACGUCUGGGCUGUAGGCGUCAUCUACAUGGCUAUGCGCACGGGGCGGCACCUUUGGCACGAGGCACGAACCGACGACUCUUUCUACCGUCAAUAUCUCAAAGACAGAAAAAACAAAGCUGGAUAUGAGCCAAUUGAGGACCUCGAGUCAGAAAAAUGUCGAAACGUGAUAUACUCGGUGCUGGAUCCGCGCGCAGGUCGCCGCCUCACCGCUCGGCAAGUACUUCAUUCAGAGUGGGGACGUGAAAUUGUGGUUUGCGAGGCAGGAGACGCCAACAAAUCACCACGAGACCCACAUCCUCAUCUAGAUGCCGCUGCUGUCACGGCUCCUCUUGAAAAAUUGCAAAUCGCUAGUGAUAUAGCUCGUACUGAAGUGUAA